AUGUCUGAUCCGGACGAGUUGGACGAGUGGGACGAGGAGGACUAUGUUCUACCACCGGAGCAGCAGCGCCCAUUCACCUCGGGUGUCCGUCGCAAACGCGUGAAGUUCGUCCGCUCCUCAGAUCUCGACACCACCACCACUCCAGCUUCCUCCGCAACCUCCGGAGCAAGCAUUUCAAACACAUACCUCUCUAUCGUGAUGAAGCAUUCAGAACCAAGAACAUCACCAAGUACACCCACGCCAACGGAACAACAAGCCCCCCCGCGGACAGCACAAUCCGCGCCACCACCCACCAAAGCAGCAUUCCCUCCACCCACAGAAGCACCAUCACCAUCACCAGAACCAGAACCAACAACAAGAACAGACCGUCAAAACCACUGCGAAAUAUGCAACCUCCCUCUCCCAACCAAUCCAACCGACCAACCCCACGAAGCAUCCCUAGCCCACCAAGUCUGCCUAACGCACUCCCACCCACCAUCACAUCUAGACCGCACCCGCCAAGGCAUGCGCUACCUCUCAACAUACGGCUGGGAUCCUGAUAGCAGACGUGGUCUGGGUGCACCAGGCCGAGAGGGAAUUAGGGCGCCCAUCAAGCCUCGUCCGAAACAUGAUACGGCUGGUUUGGGGACUGGGCUUGAUGCUGAUGGUGAUCCAUUGCCGCCUAAACCGGCGCCGCCGCCGAAAGUGCAGAAGAUGAAUGCUAAGCAGAGUGCUAAGAAGAUGGCUGCGGAUCGGGCUCGUGGGGAAAGGAUGCGGAAGCUGCUUUUUGCUAAUGAUGAAGUUAUGAAGUAUCUUGGAGAGGAGGCUUGA